AUGAUGGGGCUACCACGAGCCGGCGAGAUAACCAGAGCUCAGCUUAGAAUUAAAGAAAGCAAGGAGUUCAAGAAUACAGUGGACAAACUUGUCCAAAGGGCAAAUGCCUCAAUCAUUAUAGGGACUUCUUCCUGGAAGGAACAGUUCACAGAAGCCUUGACGGCCAGCUCAGAUAAUCCAGAUGAGCCGCCGUCAUGUUUAGACUAUGUAAUGCACAUAUUAACGAUAUUCUGGAAGAUUAUUUUCGCAUUCGUACCACCCACUGAUAUCGGUGGUGGCUACGUCUGUUUUGUCGUGUCCAUAGUGUGUAUUGGCCUGGUAACUGCUGUAAUUGGCGAUGUGGCUUCACACUUUGGCUGCACACUGGGCAUCAAAGACUCCGUUACUGCGAUAUUAUUUGUUGCUCUCGGGACUAGUAUACCUGAUACAUUCGCAAGUAAAGUGGCGGCUAUACAGGAUAAGCACGCAGAUGCGUCAGUGGGAAAUGUGACUGGUUCAAACGCAGUGAACGUCUUCCUUGGCAUCGGCGUAGCAUGGACCCUGGCCGCCGUGGUGCAUUGGACACGGAACGAGAAAUUCCACGUGGAUCCGGGAAACCUUGCCUUCAGCGUGACGAUGUUCUGUUCUGAAGCGGCACUGGUGGUGAUAGUUCUCAUGCUGCGUAGGCGAAAGUCAGUGGGUGGUGAGCUGGGCGGACCGCGCGGUGUCAAAAUAAUCACAUCUAUGUUCUUCUUUUCUUUAUGGUUAACUUACCUCACUUUAUCUAGCUUAGAGGCCUAUGGCGUUAUUAAGGGAUUCUAA